AUUUGAGUUCUGAAGCAGCGACCCCUGCCACGAUCCCUCACCCCAGAGAUUUGGCCUUCACCUUUCCAUCCGACAAGGCAGGGGCCAGCGGGGGGUCAUCAGACGGUCAACCGUCGACCCCUCCAUCUGGCUACAACCCUGGCCGGAGGAGAGCAUCCAUGCACGACGCCAUCGACCUGAACAAGAUUGAUACACGGCUCUACGAUAAGAAGCUGGUGCGUCAGGCCAGCGUCACCUCCAUAGAGGAGGAGAGUCAGGGCACCGUCCACGUCAGUCUGGAACACAACCCCGAGACUAGCAUCCUCACCGUCAACCUCGUCCGCGCCCACAACCUCCUCCCCCGGGACAUCAUCGGCACGGCCAACCCCUACUGCCGGCUCACGCUCCUCCCGGGCCACCGCACCUCCGCCCAAAGCCGGAUCCACCGGAAGACGCUGAACCCGGAAUUCGAGGAAGAGUUCAUCUUCGAGCUGAGCGCCGAAGAGGUGGACGAUACGACUCUGGAGUUGUCGUUUUACGAAUACGACCAGUUUUCCAAGGAUGAGUGUGUCGGCUUCGUCAGGAUACCGCUGGCCGGGAUGGAUCUGCGCAAGCAGGUGGAUUUAUGGAGAUCGAUAUCGCCCUACGAGAAACCAAAAGACCAAAGAGACCUCGGUGACGUCAUGUUCUCCCUGAGUUACCUGCCCAGUGCAGAAAGGUUAACGGUCGUGGUAGUCAAGGCCAGAAAUCUCCAGCUUCAAACGGACGCUAAAGGCGAUCUCAAUUCCUUUAUCAAAGUAUGCCUCACCUCGGGCUCCAAAAAAAUCAAGAAGAAGAAAACAUCGACGUCACAUGGGACCAACUCUCCAACGUGGAACGAGGCGCUAGUUUUCAGCGUGCAUCGGGAAAACCUGAAAAACAUCGGCUUGGAGGUCUUGGCUUACCACGACAACAAGAUCGGAGUCGACGAGUGCAUCGGGAGAGUUCGGCUACUUCCGGACUGUGACGACGGCGUCAAUUGCCAGGAGCUACUUAAAGAAAAGAGCACGCCUGCUAGGUGGUACAGCUUAAGCUAAAAAUU